AACUGGAAGUAACCGAUCAAAGUGUUCGCGUACAAAUCGUUGAUACAGACGUGCGCUGCGUUAUAAACGUUAGUCAUUCUUCGCGUCCGUCCGUAAUGUUGUGUUCUUUCACUAUGAAGCUGCUCAUCUGUCUAUGGAAUACUGUAAAUAAUCUCUGGUCGAUAGAUUGAAAAUCGAUUGCAACGCAUUGGAUAUUUGGAUAUUAAUCGCUUUGGCUGAGAAACGAUGCAUUACGAUUCAUGGUCAACUAAUAACUGGAACAGGAUCUUACAGUGGACGGGGAUGAAGAAAUCGGAUGGUGUGGAUUAGAUCAUUGGGAUUAUAUUACUACUUUGAUUUUUCUCAUCUCAAUGUUGGGCUCCACAGGACCUCUGCCUUUGUGCUCUGAAAUGAAAUAAUGGCAACGCUUUGGGCUGCGUCAACACACCAAGAUGAGAAGAAAAAUCCAACUGGGUCGUCAGUUUGCGAGGCAAAACAGAAGGAUGGCUGUGAGCGCAGUGAGGCAUCGGCUCUGUCUCCAGCUGCUGAAGAGGAGCCCUUCUCAUGGCCAGGGCCUAAAACAUUGCACCUACGCCGUACCUCUAAUGGCUUUGGCUUCACGCUCCGUCACUUCAUCGUGUACCCACCUGAGUCAGCCGUGCAGUCCUCUCUCAAGGAUGAAGACGAUAGUAGCAGAGGGAGAACACGGAACAGAUUGGAGCCGAUGGACACCAUCUUUGUCAAGCAGGUGAAAGAGGGCGGACCUGGGCAUGGAGCUGGACUCUGCACAGGGGAUCGCAUUGUAAAAGUCAAUGGAGAAAGCAUCAUAGGAAAGACGUAUUCACAAGUAAUUGCCCUUAUUCAGAACAGUGACACGUCUCUGGAGCUCUGUGUGAUGCCAAAAGAUGAAGACAUUUUACAGCUGUUCUCCAGGGAUAUCACAGCUCUGGCCUAUUCUCAAGAUGCAUACCUCAAAGGAAACGAGGCAUAUAGUGGAAAUGCCCAGAACAUCCCUGAGCCACCCCCAAUAUGUUACCCACGGACAGUGCCCAAUGCCUUGGCCAUGGCACAGGUGUUAGAGCCUUUACGUUCUGCUGAGCCUUCAUGUGGAACCAGACAAGAAGUAAAUCAUUGCUACAAGCCUAAAAUAGAUUGCCGCAUUGGUCUUCCUGUAUCUCCCCCUACCGCAUCCCAAACUCUGCUGGUCCCCAACGGCCAAACUAUUGUGCGUGUAUUUAAUGAGAAUUUUAGGACAAUGGUAGCAUCACCUGAAUCUACAGACCGAGUUACACAUGUGGACUGGGCUGGUCCUAGCCACAGGAAGGAGGAGAACCAGUAUGUGGAUUCAACAAACCCAACCUUUAACAGGUCCAGAGACCAUGUCACUUCAUCUCCAACUGGGGCGGCACAAUCACAACACAAACCCAACAGAACUGCAGAGUCCACUGGAUUAUCCGACUUUACCCCCAGAACUGCACAGACUUGCAUAGACACAAAGCCUUCAUCAUCCCCCAGACAUAACCUAACCACAACAGCAGAAACCUUCCCCUCAGCCACCUCUCCCACCCCUUACACCCACUCCCCUCCACCUGCCACCCCCUCCCCCUGCUCUCCCCACCAGAACAUUGACUGGAAAAACUACACCACCUACAAGGAGUACACUGACAACAAAAGGCUUUACAUGUACGGCUCCCGUACUAUUCAAGAGCGCCUGGACAGUCUGCGAGCUGCAUCCCCAUCCACUACAGGUGAAUAUAGCAUGCAGAAGAGCACAUCAACAACAGCUACGCCCUCACUGGGCUUUUCUGGAUCACAGCUGAGAUGGAGGAGUGCCUCACAUGAUCGGAGCAAUCAGGUAUCCAGUGUGCUGCCGCUGCGUAGCGCCUCUCAGGAGAGGCUUGGUGGUGCCGAUCAGACUUCUCUAGCACAGAAAUGGCCUCGAAGUGCCUCCCAGGAUGCCAUCCCAUCGGCCCGCAUAGGUAUCACGAAACCCAGAGCAUAUUCUUGCAGCUACCUGAGCAGACAGAAUGAGAAUGCCACAUCCAUUUUGGACAGGCAGGCAUGCUGCAGAACUGAGACAAAUGAGUGGUUACUCAUGCACAGAGGGGACGAGGCAAGAGCAAGCAGACAGUCUUCUUCCAUACGCGUGGCGCCUCUCAGAACACAGGGUGUAUUUAAUGCAGACAGACGAGGGGGUAGUUACCCUGGGUUGCCGGUCACCACUUUCUGUAGUAGAGGUACAGAUUAUUUGCUCACUUUCAGAGCUGAAAGCCUGGGUUAUACCUCUUCACCUUCCAUAAACAGACCCUCACUGUUACCUGUGAAAAAUUAUGUAUCAGACCCUUCUACUGCUGCUGCUUCUUACAUAGCUUCUGCCCUGGCCUCAAUAAAAGGCCACAUCAGUGGUAGCUCCAGCACAGGCCCUGUUAAAGACCAAAGAACACCUCUCACUGCCAACCACAUGCCCCACAAUGCAAAGCAGUUACAGCCCAGGGGGCGGGCUGACAGCCUUCAGGAGCCUGUCAGAGAGGUAGCUCGUGGAGGUCGCUCUUCUUCUUGUUCUGCUACUUCUAAACCCCAGAGAACAAAGCAGGGUGGAUCUAAGCCCAUAUUAACCAGGAACGGAACAGUUCCUGAGCAACCUAGGUACACAGAACCACAACCCCACAUCAAUGAGAAGACGUCAGAGGGUAUCCAGGGUCAAGAUGCCACUGUAGUUGUGGUUCGGAGGGAAAAGAAGUCUGGAUCUCCACCUAUCCGCCACCCUUCCUACAUUAUGGCAGUGAACGAGAUCGAGAGAGAGGCUGAACCAUCUGCAGACUCCAACACAUGCUGGUUGCCCAACAAUACCCAACGAGAAAUGCACACGAGGAGGCUAGGCGACCAGUGUAAAACCUCCCUCUCAAGCAAACUAGAUGACUCACUGGACUCUAUUCCCUUCAUUGACGAGCCAUCAAGCUCCAGUAACGACCAUGACACCACACACAUUCCUGCAUCUGCCGUGAUUUCCAGCACACCUAUCAUCACCACCAUCCCACCCAGUCCAACUUCCCCUUCUCCUGUAAUACGCCGACAACUGUCCCAUGACCAGGAUUCUUUACGACUCACGAUUAUGGAAUCAGAUUCUGGAGCUAAAACGGAGCGUUCCAGAUCCUUCGAUGAGGGCUUGGAUAACUACAGGGAAGAAGAGAGAGGGCGGUCGAUUAAACACACCAAUGGAUUCAAGGGCCUUAGAAAGGCAGUUGACAGAUCCUCUGAGGACUCUACUUCAGAUGUCUUCACUGAUGCCACAAAGGAGGGUCCACUUCAUUUCCGGCAGCUCAACUCAGAUAAGGGAAAGCGUGUUGGCAGUAACAUGCGGUCAUGGAAGCAGAUUUACGCUGUGCUCCGUGGCCACUGCCUCUACCUGUACAAGGACAAGAGGGACGGACAAACCAACGCCAACUGCCAGAUUGAAGAAGAGCCUCUGCCAAUCAGCAUCAAGUCCUGCCUGAUUGACAUCUCCUACAGCGACACAAAGCGGAAGAACGUCCUUCGGCUGACAACAUCAGACUGUGAAUACCUGUUCCAGGCAGAAGAUCGUGAGGAAAUGCUGUCCUGGAUCCGAGUCAUUCAAGAGAACAGCAAUUUGGAUGAAGAGAAUGCAACUGUAACUAGCACAGACCUCAUCAACCGGAAAAUAAAGGAGUACAACACUCUAAUGAGUCCACCAAGCAGUAAAACAGAACUCUCACCCAGGGCGUCCCGUCAGUCCCUGAGCAUCAGGCAGACGUUACUGGGCAGUAAAGGCGAGAAUAAAGCCACAAGCCCUCACUCACCAAACAAGGACCAUGAUAGAAAAUCCAUGCAUAAAGACGAAACCAGCCCACCCAAGGAUAAGGGCACAUGGCGGAAGGGCAUCCCUGGUCUGAUGAGAAAGCCAUUUGAGAAGAAAUCAUCUCAUGGAAUAACAUUUGGAGUAAGACUAGAUGACUGUCCUCCAGCUCAGAACAACAGAUUUGUUCCUCUGAUAGUUGAAGUGUGCUGUAAGCUGGUGGAAGAACGGGGACUGGAAUACACUGGCAUUUACAGAGUGCCAGGAAAUAAUGCCUCCAUCUCCACCAUGCAGGAAGAGCUCAAUAACAAGGGCAUGGGCGACAUCGAUGUUCAGGAUGAUAAAUGGAAGGACUUGAAUGUGAUCAGCAGUUUACUCAAAUCCUUCUUCAGGAAACUUCCUGAACCCCUAUUCACUAACGAGAAGUAUGCAGACUUUAUUGAUGCCAACAGAAUAGAGGAUCCUGUAGAGAGACUUAAAGUGUUUAAAAGACUGCUUCAUGAGUUGCCUGAUCAUCAUUACGAAACACUGAAGUUCCUCUCCGCACAUCUCAAAACUGUGGCUGAAAACUCGCAAAAGAACAAGAUGGAGCCACGGAAUCUGGCCAUUGUGUUUGGCCCGACAUUGGUGAGAACUUCUGAAGACAAUAUGACUCACAUGGUGACACAUAUGCCAGACCAGUACAAGAUUGUAGAAACGCUCAUUCAGCAUUACGACUGGUUCUUCACUGAGGAGGGUGAAAAGGAGCCUACGACGACGGUCCAGGAGGAGAGUGCUGUGGAGUCUCAGCCUGUGCCUAACAUUGACCACCUGCUGACCAACAUCGGCCGGACGGGCACCUCUCCAGGGGAAGUGUCAGAUUCACCAACCAGUGACUCUGCUAAAUCUAAGGGCUCCUGGGGAUCAGGGAAGGACCACUGCAGCCGCGAGUUCCUUCAGCCACGAGUCUCCUCCAUUUUUGCUGUGGCCAACCGCAAACGAAAGAAGCACAAGGAGAAGCUGCAACCCAGCAGCUCUGAUGACGACCUUGAUAUCAUGUUCACCAAGAAAGAUAGCCCAACUCAAAAGCAGAACCAUCGAAGCCAGGAGGAGGAGGCAGGCAGGUCAAGUGCAUGCAGGAAAUCACUUGUUGGAGAGGAGAAGAACAGCAUUAGUGCAGAGUCCACCCCAAAGAACAAGAAGGAGCACAGAAACUCUUUCUUCAUGAAAGACAAACCUUCUUUGGCUCUCUCCCCCUUGCCCAAGCUCUCAUGUUCACCUGGUUUUAACCGUCGCACCACUAGAUCCUCUAGCACCCUCUCAGAUCCUUCCUCACAGUUAGAUGAGAUCACCUCAGACAUGGGCACCAUGAGCUCUGGAGCCUCUGUACCCAGAACCAGACCUCGUAAAUGGGGCACAACAUCACCGGCCCCUGAGCAAUUACUCAUUCCUGGAGGGGCUUCGCUAACUGCAGAGGUGAGCUCUAUUACGUCGGACUACUCAACCACUUCCUCUACCACCUUUCUGACAGGAGUGGAGUCCAUCACAUUAAGUCCAGAGGUGCAGUCUGUGGUGGAAAGCCGAGGAGGAGACGAGGCAGAUGACGAGCGCAGUGAGCUCAUCAGUGAGGGGCGGCCGAUGGAAACCGAUAGCGAGAGUGACUUCCCAAUGUUUAGACCUGACAUCGCUGGACUAGACAUACCGUCCACAGAAGAUGGUGGCAAAAGUACACCCAAACUAGCUUCCCGCUUGCUGCCCUCCCAUAAACUGAAAGAAUGCAACUCCCUGUCCAGGUGGCGAUCCCUACGGCAAAAGACAGACAGUGAUUCAUCUGUGGAGGCAGGCACUGGUGGUGGCAAUCAAGGGGUCAGCAAGAAUGAAUCAAAUAGACUGUCUCGAGUUCUGGAGGUGAUGAAGAGAGGCCGUUCCAACAGCAGCCUGAGUGCCUCAUUGCGUACUGAAUCGGACUGCGUUGAGCCAGCAUGGCAUCUUAAAAUCACAGAGAGACUCAAGUUCCGUAAACGUGCCUCUGCCGAUGACAUGUUCGGUGUUGGCACUCAGAAGGCCCGCUCCACGGAGACGCGCGGUAAGAAAAAGGGCAUCCGCCGACGGCAUACUAUGGGUGGCCAGCGGGAUUUUGCUGAACUAGAUGUCAUUCAUGACUGGAGGGAACAGGGCGGGGUGGAUCAAGGUGCUGAACUGUCUGCUGUAGAGCGCCUCAAACCCAAGUGUGACUCUCAGGACAUGUCUGUCCGGGACUGGAUUGCUCAUAAGCAUCAUCAAACUGAGGGUUCCAAGGCCAGUCUAGAGUUGAAAGGUCAAGAUGGUUUAGAGACAGCAGAAAUGGAAGAGACCCAUGCAGAGAGCGCCUCUCCAUGUCCCCAGUCCAGCUCCGAACAAGUAAACGAAGGCACAUCAAAGGGCAGAUCCAGAAACAGUCUAAAUUCUGGAGCUGAUGCUCAUCCACAAAAAUUGUCAGGAGCCCAAGUGGUGCACUCACGAUUCUACCAGUAUCUUUAAAAGAAAAGAAUAAUCUGCGUGUGUGUAAGAAUGCCAUAAUGUGUGUGUAAAGGCCUGUUCAAGGUGAAUGUUUGGUGUGAAAAUUCUGUGCAUUUUCACGUUUCAAAGACAAAAAAAGGGUUAAUGCAUCUGUUUAGACCCACGUGAACAUUUCCAUCCCAUCCAUGUGACAAUUCUCUUUUCCAUCACACUGUGAAGAAAACUGGCCAAACAGUAAGAUUUGCACUUUUUGUGACAUGCCUAUAGCCACCUUUACAUAAAGCAUUUUGUUGGAGCUAUUUUGCUAAAUGGCAGUGAUUAGUAGAAUCCAGAACCAGCUCUAUUGUCUCUGUACCCUUUUAUUUGGUUUUGUUAGAUAAGCACCACAGCGAAUACAAACAUCUAAAUGGCUGUUUCAGAUCUUGUAAAUAAUAUUUGAUUUUCUUUCUCUGACA